AUGGGAGUGGCCAGCGGCUCUGACAAUGUGACCGCCAGCUCUGGUACAUCUUCAAGUGGAGCAUCGGUUGAUGAGGACGGCGAUGGUUGCCCUGAAGGCACGAUGGCCUCUGCCUCAGCCUCUGUAGGAGAUAGAGUGUCGAAUGCCACUGCUUGCGUGCCCAUCGAAGGUAUGGCUGACAUCAGACACGGAACCGCGCAGAGCCUACGCACCCCCUACUCCACAAGACCAUUGGAGAACCACUUUGAGCAUUACCAGCGGAAGGGGGGGGAGCUUAUGGUGAUAUCCAUCCAUGCUGCCGGAUUUGUGUAUUCACGCUGUGGCUCUGCUGUCAGGGGAUUCAUGCAAACCAUAGUUUGCCUCACAAUGUUUGCAAAUGACUUGCACAGCCCACAAUGGCUCUGGCACCUCACCUGCCCUCCUCGCAGAUCGCCAAAAUGGGGCAUGCAUGAGAAGCGUUGUUUGUGCCUACAUUAG